AUGUCAAUCCAGUUCUCUGACCUCUGGUCCGCUGAUGCGCUGCCUCCGCCCUCCGCCAGUGGCUGCGUGUGGCCCGACUUGGUCGUGCACAGUGCACUUCCACACGCGCGGCCCGCGAGCUAUUGUCAAGCGUCAACAACCUUGGCCAACACCAUCAUCCAUCUCGAGCCAGCCGACAUUCCAACGCUGCACCCUUCUCUACCGUCUGCUACCGAGUCCAACUGCCUGCGUGCCCCCGCAUCCCAUAUCCGCCAACUCAGCAACCUCACCGACCUCGACGUUUCUGGACCCUCCGCGACUGAACACAACCGCCGCAAUCAUCCAACGCCGUGCAUGUCGCCGCCGGAGGAACCCGCGGGCCAAGAGGUUACUAGCCAACCUGGCGGCGGAGACACAGCAACUAUCAAAGAAAAUGUAGAGCCAAGACACCUCUGCGACUCCCCAGCCCACCAUGUCGUUGAGCCAGCCGUUGUCGGGGACAAGCAACACGGCUCCAAGAACAAAGACGACGAGCGAGGGCAUGCUUCUACUUCCGGUGAAAGGGGGACAGAGCAGGAUGCUACCUCUGCCGAAGCUUUGUCCGCAUCUUCAAGCCCCGCCGACGACAUCAGACAACCCUCAACACCCGCCACCGGGAAGCAGGUCCUAGCACCAUUAAAGCUCCAUGAGCCAGGCACACCAGACGUCAUGACCUCUUCUGUGGCCACGAUAAAGGCCCCAAAGGCCCCGGCCUCGUCGUCACACAAAAUCGAAAAUGAUGCCCAAUAUCUUACGGCCGAGCAGUCGGCCUAUGUCGAUCCCACACCCGCAACCCCCGUGACCUCGCAGCCACCUUCGCGGUGCCCCUCCACCACUGCAAGAUCCUACCGAUCCGACGAGCCCUCGCCGUCAAGAUCCGAUGGUGCAGAUGAAGAAAAGAGGUAUACAAGCGAAGACGAGCAAGAUGGCGGCUCUCGGUCCGAAAUUCAGAGCAUCAUGGAGCAGUUCAGCGAGGCAGGUGGUGGGCCUGGUGUAGACGAAGUCAUGAGCCCGCGCCUGGAAAUCGCCUCUCCCAUUCUUUCUGGGCCUGCUCCGCAUCCACCACGGAAGUCGAGCUUGGAGCCAGUCUCGCAGUCGAUACCGAGCCCACUCCAAGACUUCAGCGCCUUGCGCAUGUCUACCUCGUCUCCGUCUAGUGUACGGUCCAAGGAACGGGCUACCGAUGACCAAGGACCCCCCGUUCCACCCAAGGACGGUGCCUUCGGAACUCCCCCUAGGACACGAGAAGACGGACGGCCAUCUAGCAUCACGGCGCCAACUUCUCCGCAGCUAUCUAUGCAUCGGCCACCUCCGCCCGAUCCAGAACCAGAACCGGCACUGCCCUUCGAUUUUCACCGGUUCUUAGAACAGCUACGGAACAAGAAGGCCGAUCCAGUUGCAAGGUAUCUCAAGUCGUUCUUGUCUGAAUUUGGCAAGAAACAGUGGAUGGUUCACGAGCAGGUCAAGAUUACUAGCGAUUUCCUGGCCUUCAUUGCCAAUAAGAUGAUGUUGUGCGACGUCUGGAGGGAUGUGUCCGACGCUGAAUUCGACAAUGCCCGCGAGGGAAUGGAAAAAUUGGUCAUGAAUCGAUUAUAUACGCAGACAUUUUCCCCUGCGAUUGCGCCUCCGAAGCCCAUCCCUGGUGCCAAACCAAGACGGAGAGGCGGAGAUGUACCUUUAGGACCGGGUCGCCGAGGGCAACACCAAGAAGACGUCGAGCGCGAUGAGAUUCUAACGCAAAAGAUCAAUAUCUAUGGAUGGGUGAAGCUGGAGCAUCUGGAUAUUCCACCUGUAGGUGACAGCGGUCGCCGGUUUUUGAAGCUAGCUCAGCAAGAACUCUUAAAGAUCAAAUCAUAUAGAGCGCCACGAGACAAAAUUAUAUGUGUUCUCAACUGCUCCAAGGUGAUAUUUGGUCUGUUGAAACAUAACAAGUCAGACUCAUCAGCAGAUUCAUUCAUGCCGCUUCUGAUUUACGUUGUGCUGCAAUCCAACCCAGAGCAUCUGGUUUCCAAUGUGCAGUACAUCUUGCGAUUCAGAAAUCAGGAGAAGCUCGGCGGCGAGGCUGGCUACUACUUGUCAUCUCUGAUGGGCGCUAUCCAAUUCAUCGAGAACAUGGACCGAUCAUCACUGACAAUAUCUGACGACGAGUUUGAAAGAAACGUUGAGGCAGCCGUAUCAGCCAUUGCAGAAAAACACCAAGCCACAUCCCCCAUCGUCCAGCAGCAGGCAACAUUCAACGAAAAAACCGGCAUCCAUCGCAGCGGAUCAAGCGGGCGUCCCUCCACGGACGGCGGCGCAGAGGGCUCAACCCCCCGGCGCUCGACCUCGUCCUACGAAGGCGAAGCCCAAGAUGGCGCAGCAAUUAGCGGCCUCCUCCGAACCAUCCAGAAACCCCUCAGCACAAUCGGCCGCAUCUUCUCUGACGAAAAUGGCUCGUCCUCUAACCCCGGGAGUGCGCCCCGGUCUCCAGCUCCGCCGGAUCGCCAAUCCCCCCGAUCCAACUACCGCGACGAACACGCUGCUUUGCGACGCCAACAAGAGGUGUUGCUCGCCAAGCACGCGCUCCCUGCUGAAGAAGCGGCCGCGAGACAAGCAAGCGCCGAGGCAGCAGAGGCCCAGCGCCUGCAUCGUGCCGAGCACGCAAACGUUGUAGAGACACUAGCAGGCAUGUUUCCUGAUCUCGAUAAAGAUGUGAUUAGCGAUGUUGUUUACCAGAAACAGGGAAGGUAA